AAUGUUGUGACGUGUGUCGAACACAAAUGUCAAAAAUAAAAUAUAAAAAAGUUAAAUCAUAAUAAUUUUAUUCGGUAUUUCGCCUUUCAAUUUAAAUCCUUUGUUUUUGUUGAAUAAAAAGUGGUUUGCAACAUGCACGGUGUUUAAAAUUACAGUUUUCUUAUUGAUAACUAAAAUCCUUGUAAAAAUGGGGACGAUUUUCCUGGUUCCUUUAUCACUCAUAUUUUGCCUUACCUGUUUAAGCUUUGCACAUCCGUCGGAAAUUGCAGAUGUGUUUGGUUUUAAAGUACUGAGGAGAGUUUCGGCUGGACAUGACUUUGAUUUACUUAUAUUCACGCAGCAAUGGCCCGCCACUGCAUGCAAAGAAUGGAAGAAACGAGACCAUUCCCAUACAUGCUCUAUGCCUCCCAAAGCAGACAGUUGGAGUAUACACGGCAUCUGGCCGACCAAAUUCGGUCAAAUGGGCCCUGCUUUCUGCAAUCGGACCUGGCUUUUUGACCCAGAACAAAUAAAACCCAUAGAGGACAAACUUGAGAGUGUUUGGGUUAACAUUUUUGGAGGCACUUCACUCUACGCUCUUUGGUCUCAUGAAUGGACCAAACAUGGAACUUGCGCAGCCAUCUUAGAUAAAUUUAAUUCAGAGUAUAAAUACUUUUCCAUGGGAAUCAAAUGGCUUAGUCAGUACUCUAUGUCUGAUAUUCUACAAGCAAAAAACAUUGUGCCUUCUAACACCCAGAAAUACUCUUUAGUAGACAUUAAUAAUGCUAUUAAAGAAAAACUAGGCGUGGACCCAGUAAUAGAAUGUAAGAAAGAAGACGAUGAAAACUUUAUAUCCGAAAUAAGGAUUUGCUUCACUAAAGAUUUGGAACCCACUGAUUGCGACGGAGUAGUAUGGAGUUUAAAUUUUUAUGGUCAAACUAUUCUGUCUAACUGUGAUAAAUCAAAGGAUAUUACGUACCCCCAUUAUAUAAGUAAUAGUUUGAUCACACAGUUACACCGUCUUAUUUAUUGGUUGCAGUGGUUUACUUUAUAGUUAUUUAUUUCAGUUUUUUUUUGGCAUCAUAAAUGAAUUAUUUUUAAGUAGCUAAAUAUUUCAUGAAAUCAAACUUCUUUUAGCUUAUUUUUUUUUUUAUACAAAUGCAUUAUCUUAUAAUAAGUUUUUUACAAAUAGACCAACUCUUGACUGCAAUCAAAUCAAUCUUCUUAUGGUAAGUGACAUACUUGGGUAAAAUAUAAUGAUAGUUUAAAUCGGUCGAACAACAGUUUUGCAUUUUAAUGAACCUGCAUACCUUUAUACAACCAUGCAGGUUGAAUAAUUAAUUAAACUCCUCAAACAAAUAAAAAACAGUUAAAAUAAUCUGGUACUUACAUUAUAAUAGUCUUGAAUUUUUAACUAACCGUAAGUUUCAAUUAUUAUUGUUGAUAUAAUUCAUCUUUGAAAAUUAGCAACCUUUGCUUAGCAAAGUGUUGGUUUUUUUUUUUUUUUAAAUCAAGCAUCAUGAGCAUAAUAUUUUAUAAUAAUUUGAUAUAUUUAUUAGUAAUGGUUUGAUCACACAGUUACACAGUCUUAUUUUUUGGUUGCUGUGAUUUACUUCAGAGUUGUUUGUUUCAGUCGUUUUUUGGCAUCAUAAAUGAUUUUUUUUUUUAUA